UACCACGAAACACUUGAUUUAAAUGAUAUGAAUAAUUAUACCUGACACGUAAACGUAAUAUCAUUUAUGUACGUCAAAAAUGACAGAAUAUGAAGAUUUAGCUGAGGUGGAAAUAAGAGAUUUACUCAUAUCUACUUUGUUUGUAAAUCAAGAUUUAAAAUCAAAAGUAAAAUGUAAAGUGCAGCGAAGAUAUUCAGGACUUUUUACACCAUUAAACAGUAUACAUAAUUCCGUCACUUCUAUUAGUCAUUUUGAUGAACAGAACCCUUCUAAAACUGAUUUUCCAGAUGGAACUAGAAUCACAAGAAGAAUGAGUGCGUGCUACAAUUGUGAUGGUAACAAAUGGACUGAAAAUAAAGUCGAAGAAACUGAAAAAGAAGAUUUAGCAUUAGCAACGAGAAAAGAUAAAAGUAAGAUCCCAGACUCUAAGCGAUAUCUCAGAAGGAAGUCGUGUUCCGACGUUAAUAAAACAUCUGAAGAAGAUCACAGUUCAACAAAAGAUGCUAAAAUUAGGAAAGUGAAGAACAUCAAAAAAGCGGUUUGUAAAUUUCCACUGGAUACAGAACACAACGAGGACAAAGAAAAUAAUGAAAAAAUAAAAACCGUUAAAAUAAAUAAAAGAUAUUCUCUUUCAGACACAGAAAUCACAGGUUUAAAAACCGAAUCUAUUAAGAGGACUACAAGACAAAGGAAAUCAAUGAACAAUAUACUGAUACAGGUUCCAGAACAUAACAAAAACGAAGAAAAUAAUGAAAAAAUAAAGACGGUUGAAAUAAGUAAAAGAUAUUCUCUUUCAGACACAGAAAUAGCUGAUUUAAAAACUGAAUCCACUAAGAGGGCUAAAAGACAAAGGAAAUCAAUGAACAAUAUGCCGGUACAAUAUACGGAGAAUAAUACAGAGCAUAAUCAAUUAAGUAAAGCAGAAAAUGAUAUCUUGAAACAGAACAAUGAAAUAUUUCAAAUUUUCAAAAAAAGUCCAACAUUGUCUGAAAAUACAAACAUGAAUGUAGAAGACAGUCUAGAAAUAUGGAGAAAUAACUAUACUAUAAAUAAAUCAGAACUUUUGAACCAAAACCAAUAUGAUGAGCCAAUGAGUAUUAAAAAUUAUCCAUCAAAUGAACAGAAACCUAAUGAGUUAUCUUUAGAGCAUUUAGAAAUUGACGUAACCGAUUAUACAAUGGAAUGUCAUAAUGAAGACAUAGAACAAUAUAAAAUAAACAAUACGAGUGUACAGGAAAGUAAUUAUUCCGAAGAUAUAGAAAUUUUGAAACAUUACACUGACAAGACUAUCAAACCAUUUAAUAAGCUAGAAACAAUAUUUGAAAAUUCUAAAGGUGAAACUGUAAUGAGUAAACGGAAAUUGAAAAGAUAUAUAAAUUUUGAAGAUAUGUUCACAGCGAAGAGGCAAUCAAAGAGAAAAACUAAAGUCCGAAAAAUGAAUCCAUCAUUUAAUUUGGAACUAUUAGAUUUAGAUUAUUUACAAUCGUUGUAUUGAAUGGCUAUUUAUAUUAAUUUAAAAUAAAACGUUAAUAAAUUGGU